ACUCGGAAGACUGUCUCCCAGACACAGUUAUCAAUACAUAUCCGCCUGGGAUCAGGGAUCCAAUCAGAUGCAUUGAGCGAUCCCUAACGUGUUUCCCAGCGCUGGCAGAAGUAGGACAGAUGUCAUUUUUCUUGUCUUCAGUAUGAAAUAGAGCAGGUUGUGCUUUAAACAUGAACCAGGAGCUGGAUUUUAUGUUUGUUAAAUAUGCACGGGUCUGGAUCCCGGAUGUAGAGGAAGUGUGGAAGUCAGCAGAGCUCACCAAGGACUAUAGACAUGGAGAUGGUGUACUGCAGCUACAGCUGGAGGAUGGAAAGGAACUGGAAUAUAAAUUGGACCCCAAGACAAACAACUUACCACACCUCCGUAACCCUGAUAUCCUGGUGGGAGAAAAUGACCUGACAGCUCUCAGUUACCUUCACGAACCCGCUGUGUUACACAAUCUGAAAGUGCGCUUCACUGAUUCCAAACUCAUCUACACAUACUGCGGUAUUGUUCUAGUCGCUAUAAACCCAUAUGAGACACUACCCAUUUAUGGAACUGAAAUCAUUUACGCGUACAGUGGGCAGAAUAUGGGUGACAUGGACCCUCACAUCUUUGCAGUUGCAGAAGAAGCUUACAAACAGAUGGCCAGGGAUGAGAGGAAUCAGUCCAUCAUUGUGAGCGGAGAAUCCGGAGCAGGGAAAACUGUCUCAGCCAAAUACGCCAUGCGUUACUUUGCUACGGUCAGUGGCUCUGCCAGUGAAGCCAAUGUGGAAGAGAAAGUUUUGGCAUCCAAUCCCAUCAUGGAGUCCAUUGGUAAUGCCAAGACCACCAGGAAUGACAAUAGCAGUCGUUUUGGGAAGUACAUUGAGAUUGGCUUUGAUAAAAAGUAUCGCAUCAUUGGUGCGAACAUGAGGACAUAUCUCUUGGAGAAAUCACGUGUCGUAUUUCAGGCGGAUGAGGAGAGGAAUUAUCAUAUCUUCUAUCAGCUCUGUGCAUCUGCUCAACUCCCGGAGUUCAAAGCCCUGAAACUCGGAAAGGCUGAUGAAUUUCACUACACCAAACAGGGCAGGAACCCAGUGAUAGAUGGAAUAGAUGAUGCCAAGGAGAUGUCGACCACCAGAAACGCCUUCACACUGCUAGGUGUAAACGAGUCCUAUCAGUUGGGCUUGUUUCAGAUUCUGGCUUCAAUUCUGCACCUGGGGAACGUGGAAGUAAAGGAUAGAGACUCAGACAGCAGUAUUAUUCCACCAAAUAAUGGUCACUUAAGUGUGUUUUGUGAAUUGAUGGGAGUGACAUAUCAAGACAUGUCUCAUUGGCUGUGUCAUAAGAAGCUGAAGACGGCGACUGAGACAUACAUUAAGCCUGUUCCCAAACUACAGGCCAUAAACUCCCGCGAUGCUCUCGCCAAACAUAUCUACGCCAAACUCUUCAACUGGAUCGUGGACCAUGUGAAUAAAGCGCUGCAUUCUACGGUCAAACAGCACUCGUUCAUUGGAGUCCUAGACAUUUACGGGUUUGAGACUUUUGAAAUCAACAGUUUUGAACAGUUCUGUAUUAAUUAUGCCAAUGAGAAACUACAGCAACAGUUCAACAUGCAUGUGUUUAAGUUGGAGCAGGAAGAGUAUAUGAAAGAGCAGAUCCCCUGGACUCUCAUUGAUUUCUAUGAUAAUCAGCCAUGUAUCAACCUCAUCGAGGCCAAGAUGGGCAUCCUGGACCUACUGGAUGAAGAGUGCAAGAUGCCGAAGGGCUCUGAUGACUCCUGGGCUCAGAAACUGUAUAACACUCAUUUGAAGACGUGUGCACUUUUUGAAAAACCACGGAUGUCCAAUAAAGCUUUCAUUAUUCAGCACUUUGCAGAUAAGGUGGAGUAUCAGUGUGAUGGCUUUCUGGAGAAGAAUAAAGACACAGUGAAUGAGGAGCAGAUACAUGUUCUGAAGGCCAGUAAGUUUGACCUGCUGGUGGAACUGUUCCGGGAUGAGGAGAAAGCCAAAAGUCCGACCGGUGCUGCUCCUGCUACAGGAGGACGCACUCGCCUCAGCGUCAAACCAGACAAGAACAAAGCUGGCCAAGCCAGCAAAGAACACAAGAAGACAGUCGGACUGCAGUUCCGUAACUCUCUGCAGCUGCUGAUGGAGACACUGAAUGCGACUACACCACAUUACGUCCGCUGCAUCAAACCCAACGAUUACAAAUAUGCCUUCACGUUUGACCCCAAGAGAGCAGUACAGCAACUGCGUGCAUGUGGAGUUUUGGAAACAAUCCGCAUCUCUGCAGCUGGUUUCCCAUCUAGGUGGACAUAUCAGGAGUUCUUUAGCAGGUAUCGUGUCCUGAUGAAACAAAAAGAUGUUUUGACAGACAGGAAGAUGACCUGUAAGAAUGUUCUGGAGAAACUGGUGCAGGAUCCAGAUAAGUACCAGUUUGGCAAGACCAAGAUCUUUUUCCGCGCCGGGCAGGUUGCGUAUUUGGAGAAACUGCGUGCAGAUAAGCUGCGUGCUGCCUGUAUCCGCAUCCAGAAGACUAUCCGCUGCUGGCUGGCACGCAAGAAGUACCUGCGCAUGAAAUAUGCUGCCACAACCAUCCAGAGAUACGUCCGUGGAUACCAGGCCCGCUGUCUUGCGAAAUUCCUGCGUCGCACACGUGCUGCGAUCAUCAUUCAGAAGUACCAGCGCAUGUAUGUCCAGAGAACGUGUUACAAACGCAAGCAGGCUGCCGCUCUGGCCAUGCAGUGCAUCCUCAGGGCGUACAUGGCCAGACAGCUGUACAAAGCGCUUCUGCGUGAGCAUAAGGCCAUCAUCAUUCAGAAGAUGGUCCGAGGCUGGUUGGCGCGGCAGUGGUACAAGCGGUCGCUCAAAGCCAUCGUUUACCUGCAGUGCUGCAUCCGGCGAAUGCGAGCCAAGCGAGAACUCAAGAAGCUCAAGAUCGAAGCCCGGUCGGUGGAACACUUCAAGAAACUCAACAUCGGCAUGGAGAACAAGAUCAUGCAACUGCAGCGCAGGAUAGACGAACAGAACAAGGAGAACCGUGGUCUCAGCGAGCGUUUGAACAGUUUAGAGGUCAGCCAUGCUGCAGAGUCGGAGCGUCUGCGUGUAGAAUUGACGCGUCUGCGAGGGGCAGAAGAGGACGCCAAAAACAACGCCAACAAAGUUACGUCUCUUCUGGAAGAGGUGGAGCGACUGCGCAAAGACCUGCAGAACACACAGAAGGAGAAGAAAGCAAUCGAGGACUGGGCACGAACCUACCAGGAUGAGAUGGAACAGAUGAUCUCAGAGCUAAAGGAGCAAAACCACCUGCUGAAGAACGAGAAAAACGACCUGAACCGACUGAUCCAAGAACAGAGCCAGCAAUGGAAAGAGAAAAUGCAGAGGGCACUGAAGGAGGAAACCGAGCAGUUGGAAAACGAUUUAAACGAGGAACGUUCACGCUACCAGAACCUUCUUACCGAACACCUCCGACUAGAGGAGAAAUACGACGAUUUGAAAGAGGAGAUCACACUUGCUGUAAAUGUACCAAAACCUGGUCACAGACGCACAGACUCCACACACAGCAGCAACGAAUCAGAAUGUACCUACAAUUCAGAGUUUGCAGAGUCCGAGGACGGGACCCGCGGAGGGGAGGACGCUAUCAAGGGGAUACUGGAUAUGUCCUUGUUCCUAAAGCUGCAGAAGAGAGUAUCCGAGCUGGAGCAAGAGAAACAGUCACUACAGAACGAACUCGAUCGGAGAGAAGAGCAGUUUCAGCGGGCUAGAGCUAGGGACGAUGAGGAACACAAGAAAGCUCGCAGUGCUGAGCUGGAAUAUGAAUCCCUAAAGCGUCAGGAGUUGGAGUCCGAGAACAAAAAGCUAAAACAUAAUUUGAAUGAGAUGCGUCAGUCUCUGAGAGGCAGCGCUAAGGCCGGUUCUGCUGCUCCGGGUUCUCCUGCGUACACGGUCCUGCUGGAUCAGCUGAACGCCUCCAACGAGGAGCUGGAGGUGCGGAAGGAGGAGGUGCUCAUCCUGCGCUCUCAACUCGUCAGUCAGAAAGAAGCCAUGCAACACAAGGAGACCAUGACUGAGCCUUUGCCGUAUAUUGAGGAUGUGCAGAAGCUGACUGAUGCCAAGGAGAUCUCCCAGGCCUACAUGGGCCUUAAAGACACCAACAGAUCACCCAGGUUUACACGCAGACCGACUGAAGUGAACGAGCUUGUGAGCAGGUUGAGAUCCCCAUUCCCUGACUACCAUAAGCUGAAUGAGGAUGGAGAACUGUGGCUGGUUUAUGAAGGGUUAAAGGAAACUAACAGGUUGUUGGAGUCUCAGUUGCAGGCUCAGCGUCGGUCUCAUGAGAACGAGGUGGAGGCUUUGCGUGGAGAAUUGCAGAGUGUUAAAGAGGAGAAUAACCGUCAGCAGCAGCUGUUAGCUCAGAAUCUGCAGCUUCCUCCAGAGGCCCGAAUCGAGGCCAGUCUACAGCACGAGAUCACACGCCUCACCAACGAGAACCUGGAGCUUCACUCUGAUGAUCCAAAGGAGUAUAAAGCCUACAGAAUCAGCAUGUUACGCAGGAUGGUUGAUCUUAUGGAGCAACUGGAGAAACAGGACAAGACCGUCCGCAAACUGAAGAAACAGCUUAAAGUCUUCGCAAAGAAGAUCAAUGACCUUGAAGGUGGCCAGAUGGAUGUGUCUCCAGGACAGACGACUGAUGAGCCUGUUCAUCCAGUGAAUAUUCCACGCAGGGAGAAAGAUUUCCAGGGAAUGCUGGAAUACAAGAAAGAGGAUGAACUCAAACUGGUCAAAAACCUCAUACUUGAGCUAAAGCCUCGUGGAGUGGCAGUGAAUCUGAUACCGGGUCUGCCGGCAUACAUCCUCUUCAUGUGUCUGCGUCAUGCCGACUACAUUAAUGAUGACCAGAAAGUCCGAUCUCUACUUACCUCCGUCAUCAACAGCAUCAAGAAGAUCCUCAAGAAAAGAGGUGAUGACUUUGAGACUGUUUCCUUCUGGUUGUCUAAUACAUGUCGUUUCCUGCACUGCUUGAAACAGUACAGUGGUGACGAGCAAUUCAUGAAGCAUAACACUACUAAACAGAACGAUCACUGUCUCUCCAACUUUGACCUGGCCGAGUACCGGCAGGUUCUGAGUGAUCUGGCCAUUCAAAUCUACCAGCAGCUCAUCAAGUGUAUGGAGAACAUCCUGCAGCCCAUGAUCGUCUCUGGCAUGCUGGAGCAUGAAACCAUCCAGGGUGUGUCUGGGGUGAAGCCCACUGGUCUCCGUAAGAGGACGUCCAGUAUUGCUGAUGAGGGGACAUACACGUUGGACUCCAUCAUCCGGCAGCUCAACUCCUUCCACUCCAUCAUGUGUCAGCACGGAACCGACCCAGAGCUCAUCAAACAGGUGGUCAAGCAGCAGUUCUACAUCAUCGGCGCCGUCACCCUCAACAACCUGCUGCUGCGUAAAGACAUGUGCUCCUGGAGCAAGGGCAUGCAGAUCAGGUAUAACGUGAGUCAGCUGGAGGAGUGGCUGAGAGAUAAGAACCUCAUGACAUGCGGUGCGAAAGAGACGCUGGAGCCGUUGAUUCAGGCUGCACAACUACUGCAGGUCAAGAAGAAGACGGAUGAGGAUGCUGAGGCCAUCUGCUCCAUGUGUAACAGCCUCUCUACAGCACAGAUUGUGAAGGUGCUGAACUUGUAUACACCUGUCAACGCAUUUGAAGAGCGUGUGUCAGUACUGUUCAUAAGAACAAUACAGACACGUUUACGGGAUCGAAAGGAGUCGCCUCAGCUGCUGAUGGACACCAAACUCAUCUACCCCGUGACCUUCCCCUUUAACCCCUCCUCACUGGCCCUGGAAACUAUUCAGAUACCCAGCAGCCUCAAUGUGGGCUUCCUCACUCGUGUGUAGACCUGUCAAUCACCUCACCUCAACCAAUCACAUGGCAGGAACAGGGAGCCAAAAUAUAUAAAUGAAAAAAAAAAUGAUAAUACUGUAGGUAAUUAACCCACACACUUAAAGAGAAUGCAAUUUAAAUCAGUCAUGCCAUCAAUCCUUAUUUUUGCACUUCUUCAUUAUUUUAUUUAUUCAAUAAAAGAGUGAAUCUCACGAAACCUGUCCAGUAUGUGUUCAGAUCACAAUUGACCCAACAAUCAAAAGAAACACAAGAAACUACUUUGCUUGAAGAAAAUUAAGCUCAUUUGGACAAUUCAUAUUUUGAUAUUGUGGUGCAAUUUUAAUGACAUUCAUUCACUUCCUCCCAAAAUUCUGAUUACUGAAAAAUUCUGAUUA